AUGUCUAACGAUGACCUAGGGACCUGGCUCAAGGCGGCUGCCGAGAACAAAAUCACCACAAAAAACACGUGGAAGUCGACCCUGAUAGAUCACUUUACAAAUAUAGAUGAGUUCCGAGAGAGGCAGGGAAUUAACUUUCAGAAGGCCAGCUGCACGCUGGAUGGGUGUGCUAAGGUCUAUUCAACGCGCGUCGACGAUGUGUCUGAAAAUGCAAUGAGGCUUCUAGAAGGCUCUGGGAGAGAAGAGGCCAGAAAGAAACAGGGCAAGAAAGUAAACAAAGUAACAAUAGAGAAGAACAUUUGCAACUUGAACAUUAAGGUGAGCUCAUCAAGGAGAUGUGUUGAUCCGAAGUUCCUAUAUCUGUCAUCGUUACCAGAAAAUACCCUGAUGAUCGAUUCCCUUGGUAUUUCGUCAGAUGGAGUACUUAGAAUGUCAUCAUGUAGGGAUGAGGGAACUGUAAUUGUGGAUGAUUUCAAGAUGUCCAUGGACUUUCCGAAGGGAUUGCUCAUCUCCCCCAGCAUAAGUGAAGACAAAGAGAUAAGGGAUAUAGUUAUGGAGCCCAUAGUAGAUAAUGAUGCAGAGGUCUCCGACGAGCAUGCUGGGUUCAGCGGUGACAACUUUGAGCUUCCGGAGAUCCUACCUCCCAGCAGCAACCAAAACCCUGUUUACAAGGAGAAUUCAUUUUCCUAUUUUAAGGGAUGGGCCGGGCCAAACCACUGGAAAGUACAGGCCAAAAAAGGGCGGAGCGGGACCCAAAAACAAAAGGAAGCAUCCUUUCUGGACUUUACGGAGACAGUUGAUUACGAAGGCAUGCUGGAGCCUGGAAACACCCUUUUUGAUCCGGCAUUUAUAGUGGAGCGCAGGGAAAGCCGGCACACACUGCCUCAAGACUUUAGGCUGGAAGUUGAAGACCUAUAUAGAUAUCUGGUAAGGGAUGGGCUCUUCUACAAAAAGGACCAGGCCAGUGCAGAAGAGGAGAUGUCCAUCGACCAUUCCCCCGCUUCAUGCGUCAUAGAGGAGCCAGAAGAUGAAUUUGUGGCCGACAUCCCUUCUCAGGGGAGCCAGAAGAUGCCCAUUCCAUUCAGAAAGACUCCUAAGAAAGUCAACAUCAAAAAGCUGAAAGACAGUGUGCUUGACUCUGUUAAAGGCGGAAGCACCAGCCUGCUUUCCAUAUUUGAAGGCAUACCUAAGGUAUACAAUGGAGAGGAAUCAAAGGACAUAUCUGUGCAUCUUUGCUUCAUUUCUCUUCUUCAUCUUGCCAAUGAGAAGAACAUUCAACUCAAGGCCGUGGGAAAUGACAUAGAGGUGCAGAUGCUCCAAUAG